AAAUAGAAGUGUACUUAGAGGAGGCACAGAAUGGCAAACCCAUGAUGAAUUGUUAGGGCAUGUUGAGUUGGUUCUCUCAAUGCCUGCAGUCAGAUGAUUUCACUGGCUCUACAGAUGAAAUCUCAUAUUUCAAUGUUUAAGUAAAAGUGUCAAAGUUCAGCUGGAGCAGGGACGGAUACAGAGCAAAUUUUGUGUGUGUUUGUAACUAGGGCACCAGAACAACAGAGGAAGCCAAAAUGAGCCGGAAAAGCAAAAGGAGUUUAAAGGAGAAAUUUGCCUUGAAGAACAGCUUGGUUAAAGAAGCCCUCUCAGAGUUCCUGGGAACUUUUAUAAUGAUAGCACUGGGGUGUGGGUGUGUGGGACAGGCUGUCCUCAGCCGAGGAGUCCAUGGCGGGCCCAUGACAAUAACCAUUGGAUUUGCAAUGGCAGUGACCGUAGCAGUGUAUGUGACUGGGGGUGUUUCUGGUGGUCACAUAAACCCAGCUGUUUCAUUAGCCAUGUGCGUGACUGGAAGAUUAAAAUGGACCAAAUUACCAAUUUACAUAUUAGCACAACUCCUGGGAGCAUUUGUUGGAGCAGCGGCUGUCUUUGGGAUUUAUUAUGAUGCCUUUAUGGAUUACAGCGAUGGGAAACUUGAAGUCACGGGACCUAAUGCAACAGCACAUAUCUUUGCAACAUACCCAGCUCCAUAUCUGUCCCUCAUGAAUGGAUUUGCAGAUCAGGUGAUGUCAACAGCUGUUCUUCUUGUGGCUGUAUUUGCUAUUUUUGACACUAGAAAUAACAGCGUCCCGAAGGGCCUGGAGCCAAUUGCAGUAGGACUUCUCAUAAUUGUUCUUACUUGCUCCUUGGGGAUGAACAGUGGCUGUGCCAUGAACCCGGCCAGGGAUCUGGGCCCAAGGCUCUUCACCGCCGUUGCAGGGUGGGGGAUGGAAGUGUUCACGGCUGGUAAUAAUUGGUGGUGGGUCCCUAUAGUUGCACCUCUGCUGGGAGCUGUAAUUGGAGCAAUGACCUACAUUAUUUUUAUUGAAAUGCAUCACUCAGAUCCUCAGUCAGGAGGAGAAAACGAAGUGCGUGACAAAUAUGAACUGACUAAUAUGGAGUAAGAACUGAAGAAUGUUCUCUGUCAUUUUGUUGUGCAGUUUUUGUGCAAAUGGUUGGACCAUUUUAUAAAACCUGUAUGCCUCCAUUAGAAAUUUACCUUUCAAAGCACAAAUUCUACACAGAACUCAAAACUGAACUCUUUCCCUGAAACAUUGGGCUGAUCACAUUCAAAACUGGGAACCUGGGUAUGAGAAGGGUAAAUUGUUGUUCUUCUCAUAUGGCUUUCAGAUCAAAUUAUCUCCUAGAUGCAAUUGUAGUGAAAUGAUGCACUGACCUGUUAAUUCAACACAUAUGAUCCUAAUCAUGUUACCUAAUUAACUGAAAAUAGAUGAGAUAUUGAUACAAAACUGCAUGCAUUGCUAGUUAAUUGAUUCAGUGCUGAAUUAAUGUGCAAGGGCAUUGCUCACUUCUUAAGAAUGGCUUGCCUGAACAUUAAAAACAAUACCCAAAUUGCCUAAAUGUCAAUUGAAACAGGUUUGGAUAACUUAGUAAAUUUUUAUGGACCCAUCAUUGAACAGCAAGGAAUCAGCUCAGCAGUGAUGAAGUUCAGUAACUCAGAAUACGAUCACAAAAUCUGUGUGUUACAAGAUGAACACCAAAGAGACAAAGAUGUAACUUCUUCAUAGCAGUAAUGUUCAGUUAUUUUUAGACUAUUUACUUGACCUUUAUGCUACCCAAUAUUAAAAGCCUAGCAUAGAAUAUUAAUCUGAACCUCUUCCGCUGUGCUUUCUGGAUAAAAUUCAUUCCUGUGGAGAUGGCCCAGCAAGAGAGGCUUACUCUGGGCAGAGGUCAGCACAAGGCCCACAUCUGUAUAAGCUUUAAAGAGUCCUGCUGCUGAUGAUUUACAUGAGGGGAUUUGGUCUGCAUUGUGGGAGUAAUUUUUAAUUUGGUAGAAGUAAUUAAAAAUAGAAACUUGUCUCAGACCCAGUCCUAGAUCUGAAUUCCCCAGAGAGGGCCAGAUCCACAUUAGAGUUCUGAAGUGUAGGUUCUCUCUUGCUAAGUAGAAGUGGUUGGACAUACACCACUUCCUAAAUAUCCAGCCUUGAAAAUGAAAUUAUUUCUGCUUAAUCCUUUGAAUUGAAUGUAUUCAAUUAAAUCAAAGUUCAUUUCUAAUAUGUAUACAUCUAUACCUGGUUGGUGGUGGUGAUCAUGAAUAAACAGACAUCCUAUUCA